AUGGCGCGCCUGGACUGGUCGCCGUGCGCCACUGCCCUCCUGGCGGCGGCCGCCCUGGGCCUGCUGCUGGGCGGGGCCGGCUCCGCCUCCGCCUGGAGAAGCCCGAGGGAGAGCCGGGCGCCGGGCUCUCUGGCCGGGGAGCGCUGCUGGCUCGGCGGGGUUCGAGCGACGGCGCGGCCGCAGCACGCCUACGCUGCCUACCCGCGGUCGACGGUAGCGGGGGCGGCGGCGGCAGCAGCAGUGCCCCGGGCGCCUUCGCGGCUCCGGCGCGUGAGGAGCUCCGACGGCAGCAGCGUGGAAGCCACGUGGGGGGAGAGCAACGCCGUCCCGCUGCGCCAGCGCGCCAGAGCCGGCCCUUCCGCACAGCAGACGCCGGGCGCCGCCGCCGCCGCCCUUUACUUCUCCGGGGCCCGGGAGCAGCUGCUCUUGCGUCCGGGCGUUGUCGCUGAGCUGCCCCGCGGAGAAUUCACGGUCGAGGCCUGGGUGAAGCCUGAAGGGGGGCAGAGCAACCCCGCCAUCAUCGCAGGUGUAUUUGACAAUUGCUCCCACAUUGCCAGUGACAAGGGCUGGACUCUGGGCAUCCGUUCACAAGAGAACUCCGGGAGAAAGAAUGCCCGCUUCUUCUUCUCACUCCGGACGGACCGCAUCAAGAGAUCCUCCACCGUUUUGGCAUACCACCGUUACCAGUUCAGUACAUGGGCUCACGUGGCUGCCACUUAUAAUGGGCAGGAGAUGCUACUGUAUCUGAAUGGGGAGCGGGUAGCACGUAGUUCCCAGCAAUUUGGCGCCCUUCACAGCCCUUUCAUGGCCACCUGCCGUACCUUGAUUCUGGGAGGUGACAAUUUGGAUGGGCACAGCUUCCGUGGCCACCUUGCACUGUUAGCCCUUUGGAAUGUUGCUUUGCCCCAAGAGAAGCUCCAGAGGGCCUUCUUGAGGAAGGUUGAAGACAGAGAAGCUGCCAUGUUGCUCAGUGCACGGUUCAGCCGCUUGGACCAGCAGUGGGUGGCAAUCAAGGAUGGGACCUACCCACUGGUGGAGUCCUUUCAUGCACCAGAGCCUCACCUUCUGUCGCCACUCAUGCCUCCGCUUUGUGGGCAGACUGCCUGUGACAACGUGGAGCUGAUUUCCCACUACAACAGCUACUGGCCAUUGCGGAAUGAGAAAGUGGUGCGUUACCGUGUGGUCAACAUCUAUGAUGAUGAUGGUCUCCAUCCAACUGUCAGCCAGGAGCAGAUUGCCCACCAGCACCGGGCGCUGAGUGAGGCCUUCGGCCACUACAACAUAACUUGGCAACUGAGCAUUCACAAAGUAUUCAAUUCCUUGCUCCGCUACCGUGUGGUCCUGAUGAACUGUGAGCCUGGCAAGAUUGGUAAUGAAUUCUGUAACCCUGAAUGCAAGCAUCCACUGACUGGUUACGACGGGGGUGACUGCCGUCGGCUGGGGCGCUGCUAUGCCUGGGAGCGCCGGAAUGGUGUUUGCAACAUGGAAUGCAACAAUAUGCUCCAUGAUUUUGAUGAUGGAGACUGUUGCAACCCCAGGGUGACCAAUGUAAGGAAGACUUGCUUUGACCCAGAUUCUCCACAACGGGCGUACAUGAGUGUGAAGGAGUUGAAGGAGGUGCUUCAGCUGAACAGCACUCACUUCCUCAAUGUCUACUUUGCCAGCUCUGUGCAGGAGGAGCUGGCAGGCGCUGGCACCUGGCCCUGGGACAAGGAUGCCCUCAGCCACCUCGGUGGAGUGGUCCUCAAUCCAGCUUACUAUGGGAUGCCGGGUCAUACAAACACGAUGAUCCAUGAAGUAGGACAUGUCCUGGGACUCUACCAUGUCUUUAAGGGGGUGGAUGAAAGGGAUUCCUGUGAUGACCCGUGCAGGGAGACAACACCAUCCAUGGAGACUGGAGAUCUUUGUGCCGACACAGCACCUACUCCCAAAAGCAAACUCUGCCAGGAUCCAGAGCCCAUCAGUGACUCCUGCGGCCAGACCCACUUUUCUGGAACUCCCUUCAACAAUUACAUGAGCUACACAGAUGACAAUUGCACAGACACUUUCACCCCAAACCAAGUGGCUCGGAUGCAUUGCUAUCUAGAUUUGGUGUACCAGCAGUGGACUCAGGGCCGGAAGCCCACCCCUAUCCCCAUGCCACCGAUGGUCAUUGGGCAGAGUCAGGAUACCCUCACCAUACACUGGCUGCCCCCUAUUAGUGGGGUGCUCUACGAAAGAGAGUCAGGGAAUAUCUGUGGAGAUUGUGCAGAAGAUGGGACUUUCAGCCAGUACGUACAUGAGGCCUCCUCCCCUUUGAUCUGUGAUUCUUCUGGCUACUGGACUCCAAAGGAAGCAGUAGGGCCUCCAGAUGUGAAUCAGCCCUGUGAGACCAGCUUACAGGCCUGGAGUCCCGAAUUUAAUUUGUUCAAUGUGAGCAUGACCACACCUUGCCUGCAGCCACUUGGCUGUAUUUUGGAGCUGCGCUUCCUGCAUCCCGUGUACCCGGAUUCUUUUGUGGUGUGGACCACCAACUUCUCCACGGACUCUAAGGCUCUGUCAGAUAUUGAGAUCUUGACGGAGCAUGGGGCCUCCGUACACCUGGGACCCAUGGACACGUUCUGUGACAUCCCCCUUACAGUGAAACUUAACCUUAACAAGAAGGUGUCCGGCGUAAAGAUCUAUACAUUUGAUGAGAAGAUGGAGAUAGAUGCUGCACAGCUGAUAUCCACACCCCAGAGCCCGCUUUGUUCCAGCUGCAAACCAGUGAGGUACAGGGUUCUCCGGGACCCCCCAUUUCUGGAUGGAUCCCCAGCAAUGGUAACUCAGCCAGGACGAAAGUUUAUUGACAAGGAAGUCACGAUAGGCCAGCUGUAUCGGUACCAGGUGCAGGCUGUGGCAGGAGCUACUGUAGGUGAAGCUUCCCCACCUCUGUUCCACGUCCAUGGCUCUCCCUAUUGUGGGGAUGGAAAAGUAAGCAUGAGUCUUACAGAGGAGUGUGAUGAUGGAAACCUGAUAGACGGGGAUGGUUGCUCUAGAACCUGUAACAAAGAAAAUGGAUUCCAUUGUGCUGAUGAACCAAGCCUCUGCUACGUCCAUGAUAGCGAUGGCAUUUGUGAGCCAUUUGAGAAAAGCAGCAGCAUUGUGGAUUGUGGUCUCUACACCCCCAAAGACUACCUGGAUCAGUGGGCAUCAGAGGCCUACACUUCCCACCAGGAUGAGAAGGCAUGUCCAGUUUCCCUGGUGACUGGAGAACCUCUUGUGAGGGUGUGUAAGCCUCAUCCUCAGGACAUGCUGUCAUAUCAGCCUCAGAUGGCUUGGUUUCCUUGUAUGAACCAUGACGUUCUUCAGGAUUCAGACAGGGAGAAAAUGAUCUUCGAUGACAGAGUUUGGCUGAAAGUGUGCUUUAACAGACCCAGCAUGGCUACCUCGCUCUUUGUUUUCCUGGCAUCCAUCGGCACAUCUACCAGUGACCACCCCAAGCCUACUGUGGCGGUUUCCCUGGGCGACAUCAGUGGGAACAGCCACUUCCUUGCAACGUACGAGCUAUCGUGUCAGCAGAACCCACUGAUCAUCAACGUAACUGAAAACGUUGCCUUCCGCCAAAUCACCUCUGCCUUGUUCAACUUCUCCUCCCUCUCUGUGGGCAUCUCUGCAGUGGCAUUACGGACACAUUUGCCAUUAGACCCUUCCAACCCAAGCAACUGCCUCCCAGAGCAUGAGGGACACAGCUGCCAGAGUCACAGCUGCACCCAGCAAACCUGCGGAGGGCAAGGUAGCUGUGUGCUGCCUCAUAUUCAUCAUGCUGCUGCUGCCAACUGCACACCCAGCAGUCAGGGGCACAUGGAAUGUAUCAUUACUUGUGAAAAUGGAUAUGCCAGCCAUGGGCAGUUGCUGCGCCCAGGACAGAAAGAAAUCCUGUUGACCUGUAACUCUGGACAGUGGGACAGAUCUGUGAGUUGCGACCCCAUCGACUGCCAUUUUCCAGACCAAUCACAUGUGCUUUACGCAGAGUUCUCCUGCCCUAAAGGGACCACCUUCCAGAAGCGGUGCUUCUUCUCCUGCAUUAAGCCAGCGAAGCUUCAAGGAAUGAGUCAGUGGCUUACCUGCUUAGAGGAUGGACUCUGGUCAUUCCCAGAAGCUUACUGCAAGCUGGAGUGUAACACACCACGUCUGGUUGCCAAUGCGAAGCUUUUGGAACAGCGCUGCCUGCAAGGGAAUCACGACGUGGGUUCUGUCUGCCGCUACAAGUGUAAGCCUGGGUAUCACGUAGCAGAAACUGCAGAGGAAAAGCCCAGGAAAAAGAUCCUAAAUAUUCAAUGUCUUGAAAGUGGCUUCUGGGAAGAAGGCAGCUGUGUACCCGUGCUGUGUAAGCCACCCCCGCCAGUCUUUGAGGGGAUGUACAACUGCACCAGUGGCUUUGAGCUUGACAGCCAGUGCAUUCUGAGCUGCAGCCCCCAGAGUAAGAAGCUCCCCAUCCUUUGCACUAAAGAUGGUUUGUGGUCAGAGGAAUUUAAAUUGUGUGAAGAACUGCAAGGGGAAUGUUUACCGCCCCAAGAACUUAAUUCAGUGGAAUACAAGUGCGAGCAAGGUUAUGGAAUUGGUGCUGUGUGCAUACCUUCCUGUCUAAUUCUUCCAAGAGACCCUGUGAUGCUGCCUGAAAAUGUCACUGCUGAUACCAUGGAUCACAGACUGAAGCCUACCAGAAUCCAGAGUAUUGUCUGCACUGGAAGACUGGAGUGGCAUCCAGAUCCAAAAGCCAUUCAUUGCAUUGCUUCCUGUGAGCCUUUCCAAGCUGAUGGCUGGUGUGACACCAUCAAUAACCGAGCCUACUGUCAGUAUGAUGGGGGUGACUGUUGCUCCUCCACAGUCUCCUCCAGGAAGGUGGUCCUGUUUCCUAAUGGCUGUGACCAGGAUGAGUGCACUUGCCGGGAUCCAGCAGCAGAAGAGAACCAGUAACAGCACCCAGGACGGCUUGUGGUGUCAGGGCCAGAACUGGAGGAAAUGACAAGGGCUUGUGGAGGGGUGUGA